AUGAAGCUUCUACCGGUGCUGUCUGCCUCGCUCGUAUUUGCGCUCUCUGCCAGCGCGCAGUACUUCUCCGAAGGAUGGAAGCCCGGCCAACCUAUAGCAGAGGAGGUCCGCCCGACGCAAGUCUUCCAUCGAGUGCAGCAGCCCGUGCCGACGCAGGAGGGCAAGGCGCCUGGAUUCAGCUUCAAGAACGUGCUCACGUCUGGACCGGUGGACUUUAUUGCGUCCAAGAUGGGCGUGAACAUGACGGAGAAGCUUGCGCAGGCGGAGGCACUGGCAGAGUCAGAAAUAUGGGAUCCGCGGAUACCCCUAAUCACGGAUGGCAACUAUGGAGAGGUCAUUGUGGAGGAACCGCUGACGCUAGAGGAGGAGGCUGAGCGUGUAUGGUUCUUGGUAAUCUCGGUUUCGAAGGGCGGGAAGAACGCCCUCUCCCAGAAACUCGACGACUCCUUCGAUAAGGCUUUCAACGAAUCCGUCAUUGCUGGUGACCUGCCAAACGUCCGCUGGGGACGCGUGGAUUACCUCAAUGUCACGUAUAUCACGACGAAAUGGUCAAUCUGGCAGGCACCAUACUUGGUCGUCUUGACCGAGCGCGGGCAGACGUUACGUUUCUACAAGACAAAUGUUGUCAGGCUUGAGCCAGAGAUGCUUCGUGAUUUCCUCCUCCAGGAGAGAUGGCGCGACAACCAGCCGUGGGACUCGCCUUUCGCUCCCGGCGGAUCCUGGGAACCUGCCUUGCACCAUAUCAGCUUGGCUCUCAAGCGCUUUUACGAGUUCCUCAUCCUCUUCCCCAAAUGGGUCCUCAUGAUUGCCUCUGGUGCAAUUGCCAACCUCGUGAUGAAAGCGAUGCACCAUAAUGCGGGAACUGACCAGCCGCCGCCGAGGAAGAUUGAGAGUGGGACUCCACAGGAUGCUGCUCCUCCCCCGAGACGACGGCUAUUACAACCGAGACGACUGACACGAAAUCAUCCCCUUCGAAGAGCAAAGGGAGGCGCAAAAAUGCAAAGAAGUAGAUUACCGCUUAUUUAUGCCGUGUGGAGUAGAUCUAGCAUCAUCUCAUUUAUCACUGUAUGUAAGUUGGGAGUUGGUUGUGAGAGGCGAAUCCAAUGUGUCAUUAAUGCAUCUAGUGCGAGGGUAGAGGGCCAUCCGAGAAUAGCGACAAUGCUGAGCUUGAAGUUUACUCCUUGA